CCCGGACAUAAACAAACCUCACCGGACUCUCGCCUUAGUCUACGGUGCGCACGCCCAUCCUCGCCGCUCUCCAUUCACGCCAGGCACCGCCAGCCUAGCUCCAGCUCCUGUUGCCUUUCUCCAUUUACCCUAGGCAGGUGACAGCAGGGACAUGUCUCGGGAGCUGCAGGACGUGGACCUUGCCGAGGUGAAGCCUCUGGUGGAGAAAGGGGAGACCAUCACCGGCCUCCUGCAAGAGUUUGAUGUUCAGGAGCAGGACAUCGAGACUUUGCAUGGCUCCAUUCACGUCACCCUGUGUGGGACCCCCAAAGGGAGCCGGCCGGUCAUCCUCACGUACCACGACAUCGGCAUGAACCACAAAACCUGCUACAAUCCCCUCUUCAACUCCGAGGACAUGCAGGAGAUCACCCAGCACUUUGCCGUCUGCCACGUGGACGCCCCUGGUCAGCAGGACGGCGCUGCCUCCUUCCCCAUGGGGUACAUGUACCCUUCCAUGGAUCAGCUGGCCGAGAUGCUCCCUGGAGUGCUCCACCAGUUUGGGCUGAAAAGCGUCAUCGGCAUGGGAACUGGGGCCGGGGCCUACGUCCUCACUCGAUUUGCUCUGAACAACCCCGAGAUGGUGGAGGGUCUGGUCCUCAUCAACGUGAACCCUUGUGCAGAGGGCUGGAUGGACUGGGCGGCCUCCAAGAUCUCUGGAUGGACCCAAGCCCUUCCAGACAUGGUGGUGUCCCACCUCUUUGGGAAGGAGGAAAUGCAGAAUAACGUGGAGGUCGUCCACACCUACCGCCAGCACAUCAUGAACGACAUGAACCCCGGCAACCUGCACCUGUUCAUCAAUGCCUACAACAGCCGGCGGGACCUGGACAUUGAGCGACCCAUGCCCGGAGUGCACACGGUCACCCUGCAGUGUCCUUCUCUCCUGGUGGUUGGGGACAGUUCUCCUGCUGUGGACGCUGUGGUGGAGUGCAACUCGAAACUGGACCCAACAAAGACCACUCUCCUCAAGAUGGCGGACUGUGGUGGCCUCCCGCAGAUCUCCCAGCCUGCCAAGCUCGCCGAGGCCUUCAAGUACUUCGUGCAAGGCAUGGGCUACAUGCCCUCUGCCAGCAUGACCCGCCUCAUGCGGUCCCGCACAGCCUCGGGCUCCAGCGUCACGUCCCUGGAGGGCAGCCGCAGCCGCUCCCACACCACUGAGGGCACACGCAGCCGCUCGCACACCAGCGAGGGCACACGCAGCCGCUCGCACACCAGCGAGGGCGCCCGCCUGGACAUCACCCCCAACUCCGGUUCCACUGGGAACAGCACCGGGCCCAAGUCCAUGGAGGUGUCCUGCUAGGUGGCCCGGGUGAAUGGCCGCCCCCCAGACUGUGGGAUCACCAUAGCUGCCCCCUCCUGCAGCCCCUUCCUGCCCCCUGCCUGCCACACUGCACGUAACUCGGUAUUAAUCCAAAGCUUAUUGUGUAAGAGUGAGCUCUGGCAAUGCCAAUGUUAGAAGGGAUUUGUCGAGGGCUGGGCGGGGGUGGGUCGAAGGAAAAGAAGCCCCUCCGUGGCCUGCUGGCCCCUGUCUCACCCUCCCUCAGAAAUACCAAACUGCCAAAACAAUAAACCCAGCGGGGACCAUGUCAGGACCCAAGCCUAGGCUGACCUGGGAAUCCUGCUUCUAAGGGGCAUUUUGUCAGAAGUCCAGCCCACCUACUUCCGGUUUCCUCUCCAGCUAAGGACACACCGACCCAGUUUCUGGAAACAACACCCUCUUCUGGUUUGGGGAGGAAGAGAACAGUGAAUUGGGGGUUCCUCAUUUAGACAAAACAGGAAGUGGGAAAAAGAGGCGGGGUUUAUGCAGAGGCUAGGACAGUUUGGAAAAGCAAAUCAACGCAGCUAAGUUGAAAUAGAUUUUUAAAGUUUGUGCAUAUAUAUACUUAAUGCCGAAGCAUACAAGUCUGCUUUUCUGACGUAAUGAACAGGAAAGCAGGCAAGAAAAUCUCCUGGCUUUACAAAAAACGAAAACAAAAAAUGGUCGCAGCAAACAUUUGGUGUCCUAGAUUUAAGGCAUUGGCUCUGUUCUCUGCCUGCCCCUCCUCAGCCCCUGCUUCCCACCCCAAAUACAUGAGUGAGCGGUUAUUUCAUUCAUGGGGAAGAUCCUUUAAGUACGUGGUUGCUUUCCUUGAGAUGGAGGGGACAUUGGGAACAGCUGUACCUGGCUGCCAGGUGUCUCCACGCACUGGGGCAGGGACGGGGGUGGGGUGGGGUGGGGCUUGGGUACUAGAUGUAAGUUAGAGAGUUCUUGUGGUUGUGAUGAAAUCCAGUGUAGUAGUGAUUCCAAUUGAUGCCAUCCUGGUUUCCAGGAACCUUCUGUGAUUGAGUUAAAUCUUUGACAACUGGGGUUGAAUCUGAGCCGGACGGCCCGACGUUUCUGGCCUGGUCACCCUCCUGGAUCUUCAGAUGGCCUGUUUGCUUGUGGCCAGGGUGGGGACUCUGGUGGGGGGUGGUGGCUGAAGACACAAGGGUUCUGGAAUGUUUAUUCCAUAGGAUUUGCUCCCCUCUCCUGCCUCCCGCUCUUCCCCACCCCCCCUAACCUCCUUUCUCCGAAUGGGGUGGCACCACUGACAUCUGGGGCAACAUCGGUGUCACUGUCAAGUUCCUGUACUACUGCCUUUGAUCUUCAUUUUGGCUAACACGGAUCUUAUAGGAAGUUUGGUCAGAGUGAAUGGGACACUGAGACUCGGCCACCGAGACCUCGUGGUUUCGGGGACCCUGGAGUUGGUAGAAGGAGGUUGCCAGACCUUGAGGGGAGCUUGAGGGGUGAUGAAUGAUUCGGUUUACCUGCCACUCAGCACCUGGGAGGCUCACCCUGGCCUGGUGCAGAAGGGUCAGGGGUCAGGGCGGGAAUGGCCGAAUCCAGACGGAAAACCGCUGUGUGCAAGUCUUCCCAGAGGAGUUUCUUAAUGAGAUAUUUGUAUUUAUUUCCAGACCAAUAAAUUUGUAACUUUGCA